GUGAGAGCAAGAGGGCGUGAGUACAUGAGAGAGAGAGAGAGAGAGAGAGAGAGAGAGAGAGAGAGAGAGAGAGACGAAAUAAUCCUUGGCACACACACACACACAAAACAAAAACAAGAGGUUGAAAGGACAGGAGGAGGAGGAAGAAGGGGGGGCAAAUCGAUGGCAUUUGAAAACACCUGAAAGAAUGUGCUCGUGCUCUUUGCUCGUGCAUACAGUGAGGGACUAUUAGUCAAAACAGCUCUGUGCAUGUGUUGACAGCUGCCUAGUCUGGCACUAACUGGUGGUGGUGGUGGGGGUGUUUCUUUAAGGAGUUACUCUACUGUACAUCAGGAUGCCUCAGCUCAGACAAGUUGAAGGGAGCGAGCUGUGACGACGCUCACCUGAAGGACACCUGCGUUAUUUCAUCAAAAGCAAAACAAAAACAACAAACAAACAAAAAUCAACUGGGACUCACCUGCAUGGAUGCAGGCAAAUUAACUUAACGCACGUUCAGAUUUCCUAACUCUGUCCAGGAGGAGCAUCCUGCCAAAGCCAAAGACGCGAUGGACAACAGUCCAGGAGGAAGUGUUAUUUUAUAUGCCAGCUCAACAGGCAGCGCCAGCCCCAGCCCGGGAAGCCCUUCAAGUGGCUAUCAGACUCAGUCGCCCUCCUCUCACUCGCAACCUUCUUCGCCAGAGGAGGUCUCCUUAACUGAAAUCGGCGCUCUCAAGCAGAGAGGGUCCAGCAGCAAUGCCAAUGCAGCGACUGGCACUCCACCCUCGCCCAAGCUGGUCUUCCAGUUCCCUGAAGUGAGCAGCACGCCUGCAGUCAACUCCAUCAGCUCGCCUGUGACCACGACAGGCCAGAGUUCAUACUCUCAUCCACUGGUGGGCAAGAGGCCAUGUGGGUUUACUGGAACUUUCACAAAAACAGGUGGCAUGGUGCUUCUGUGCAAAGUCUGCGGUGAUAUUGCGUCUGGGUUCCACUAUGGAGUCCAUGCAUGUGAAGGAUGUAAGGGGUUCUUCAGGCGCAGCAUCCAGCAGAACAUCCACUAUAAGAUGUGCGUGAAGAACGAGAACUGCUUGAUCAUGAGGAUGAACCGUAACCGAUGCCAGCACUGUCGCUUUAAGAAGUGUCUCUCUGUGGGCAUGUCCAGAGAUGCUGUGCGUUUUGGGCGCAUCCCUAAGCGGGAGAAGCAGCGGCUACUGGACGAGAUGCAGAGCUACAUGAACAGCCUUAACGAAUCGGCGUCCAUGGACAUCGACUCGACCACGCCCACCGAGGCCCCACCCAGUCCCCGAGAGGGCCAGUCCGAGGAGGCCAUCGGUGCUGUGUCCCAGGCUUAUCGCAACAUCUUUGUCAAUGGGGAGGAGAAACUGGUGAAGAUAAAUGAUAACAGCAACACCAUUAACAACAACAAUAACAACAACAGCAAUCCCUCCUCGUUCCGAAACAGUCAGCCUCAGGACUCUGGAUACGCUCAGCCUCAUUCCCACACCCCGGUCGCUCCGCAGCCGCACCCUGCCCACUCCGCAUUGACGGCAAACUACGAAACCCAGACUCGAUGCCCGGUUGUUCAUCAUGACAACAUCCCAACAACCCAAACCAUCGACAACAGCUGCUAUAGUUACCCACAGCCAUCCAGUCAGAGCCAAGGAAGUCCGCCUUCUCAGAGCUACCCAGCCAAUAACAACAGCUAUCCUGGCGCUGAGACCAAGGGUCAAACGUCCUGUCCGUGGAGACUGGCUGCUGGAGCUAAAGUUCUGGCGUGUCCUCUCAACGCAUGUCCCGUGUCUCCAGCUGGUCACUCCAGUCAGCAGGUUUGGGAGGCGUUCUCACAGUGCUUCACUCCUGCAGUUAAAGAAGUGGUGGAGUUCGCCAAGAGCAUCCCCGGCUUCCAGGCUCUCAGCCAGCACGAUCAGGUCAUGCUGCUCAAGGCAGGGACCUUCCAGGUCUUGAUGGUGCGGUUCUGCUCGCUGUUUGAUGCCAAAGAGCGGACAGUGACGUUCCUGAACGGGCAGAAGUAUCCUCUGCCAUCUCUUCGGGCACUGGGAAUGGGCACUCUACUGGACGCCAUGUUUGAGUUCAGCGAGAAGCUGGGCAGCAUGGGGCUGGAGCCAGACGAGAUGGCGCUGUUCAUGGCUGUAGUGCUGGUGUCUGCAGAUCGCUCAGGCAUCUCUGACAUGGCUGCCGUGGAGCAGCUUCAGGAGGACCUCAUCGGUGCUCUUCGGGCCCUGAUCACGCGUCGACGGCCGGAUGACAGCGCACUCUUCCCCAAACUGCUUCUGCGCCUGCCUGACCUCCGUACUCUCAACAACCUGCACUCCGACAAGCUCCUGGCCUUCCGCAUCGACCCCUAGAUGGGAAAAGCAGCGAAAACCAGCUCCUGCGUGCAGAACUAAGCUGAUACCUUGAUAAGGGUAAGCACGCAGUGAUGGUGAUGCCUGGAUCUGACUCUGAAGUCAGAGAUAGCUUAAGACAGAAGUGUUGAUCCUUAAGUCGAGUUACUUUGGGCACUCCAGACUCGCAAUCACCACAACCAGCGAAGACUGCAAGGCAGCAUUCCACUUUUACACAAGGGCACCAGACCUGGAGGCGUUGGACUCUUCUAAAGAGAAUAAUGACUUUUGAUGGAAGGGAGAUGUCAGAGUCUUCUCCUACAAUGUUUCUUCCAAUCCUCUCCUGCUCUGGCUCCACCUACUCACCAUCAUCUGCACCUGUGUCUUGUUUUUUGGACUCAGCAAGAGACUCAUAAACUCUUUGAGAUGUCUUGCUCAUGUAACUUGCAUCACUAAGCCAUGUUUCCCCCAUUCCUUGUUCCUCACGUUCUUCUGGUGGUUCUUGCAUUUGGCCUGGAUCUUCCUGUGCUUCGACCCUUUCGCCUGACCUUAUAAUGGUUCAUAGAUAAGCUACAAAAAACCUAAAGACUCCCUUGCGCUAUAGGAGAUGACAAAUUUCGCAAAUGGAACGAGCACCUAGUGGACCCAAAAUGUAUUACAAGACAAGAAUUUAAUUAGGAGAGAUGCUUUGGUUCCUUUAGAGAUGAAUUUAUUGUCAUAUCAUUUAGCACAAACUCUGGGUCAAUAUCAGAAAUGUUUGCAAUCAUCAGCAGACUUGCGUGCAGCAAUAAUUUUCAUUCCGCACAUUCUGUAAAUUGAUACACAUCAUUAAAGAGGUCAUAGUAAUAUUCUGUCAGUCAAAUUGUGUACUAAGAAACAUGUAUUAUAGUUGGAAUGUUUGCUUCAUUGUUUCUUAUCACUGAAUACGACGGUAUGAUCUUUGUAUGGUUUUAACAGGGGCUGUUUUUUUUUGUACUAGGCACUAAUUGUGCAUCAAGGAAUGAGUUCUCAUGCUGUACAUAUUGUAUCUACGUUAUUUACAACUACUCUAAAUGAGUACACCCUAGUUUGUGAUAUGAUAUGCAGUUGUAAAAUUGCAAAGGAACCCUCAUUUUUUUUGGAGGGAGUCUCUUUUGUAUGGGAGCUGUAUUCUACAAAUGUUCUUCCUCCAAAUUCAGUAUAAUUCGACACUAAUUCAGUAGGGGUUCUACCUUAUCCAUACACACCUCCAUAGGCAUGUACAGUGUUAAACUGGCACACAUGCGGUCUAUCUUUUCAUCUCGGGUCAACUAAACCUUACUUAGUGUUCAGCUCACCUUCCACUCAGAUGUAAAAUGUAUAUUUUGUAAAUGUGUUAUGUUUAUCAUCUUCCAUAGAAAUGAAAUAUGAUAUUAAACAAGAUCACAUCAUGG